AUCGCGUAUACUUAUAAGGAUCCUUCGCAAUGCAGAUUCGUACGACAUCUUUCCUUUACACACAAUGCCUGGUCAAUUACUUUUCCAAGCUAACCCGCCACCUGACCCUUCCCAACUUCCUGAUGUCUUUGAGAGCUUUGGCAUCAAGCUCAAUACCAAGGACUACCUUCCCAGCGAUGAACUUCACGCCUUGCAGAAGUUCAGGCGUGCCGCCAACUACAUUGCUGCUGCUAUGAUAUUCCUCAACGACAACGUUCUCAUCGAGAAGCCUAUCACACACGACAAUAUCAAGCCUCGCCUUCUUGGACACUGGGGAACAUGCCCCGGGCUGAUCAUGGUGUAUGCGCAUCUCAACAGAAUCAUUCGCAAAACUGGUCUGGAGGCACUCUAUGUCGUUGGACCAGGACACGGCGCACCUGCUAUUUUGUCCUGUCUAUGGCUUGAGGAUUCUAUGAAUAACUUUUUCCCUGAAAUCACUCGUGAUUAUAAUGGACUUAAGAAGCUUAUUGCCGGCUUCAGUGCACCCGGAGGCUUUCCUAGUCACAUCAAUGCCGCGACUCCAGGUGCCAUCCAUGAGGGUGGUGAAUUGGGAUACGCUCUCAGUGUCUCUUUCGGUGCAGUCAUGGACAAGCCUGACCUUGUCGUUGCCUGUGUUGUCGGUGACGGUGAAGCUGAGACUGGUCCUACUGCCACGGCUUGGCACGGGUUCAAGUACAUCGACCCUGCUGAAUCUGGGGCCGUGCUUCCCAUUGUUCACGUCAAUGGGUUCAAGAUAUCCGAGCGCACUAUUUAUGGGACCAUGGACGACAAGGAGCUAAUUGCUCUUUUCACCGGUUACGGUUAUCAGCCACGAAUCGUUUCCGAUGUCGAAAACAUCGACAACGAUCUUGCUGCAUCUAUGGACUGGGCCUUAGCCGAAAUUAAAAAGAUUCAAACCGCCGCUCGUUCGGGAAAAGCCAUCGUGAAACCUCGCUGGCCCGUCAUUAUUCUCCGUACGCCUAAGGGUCUUACAGGACCGAAAGAAUUCCACGGCGAACUUAUUGAAGGAUCUUUUCAUUCCCACCAAGUCCCCCUUCCUAACGCCAAAUCCUCCGACGAGGAACUCGCAGCCCUGCAGAGCUGGUUGAAGAGCUACGAGCCCGAGGAAUUGUUCACCAAGGAGGGUUCCCCGAUUGAGGAGAUUCUCAGUGUUGUUCCCAUAAAUGCUGAGAAGAAGUUGGGCCAGAAGAAGGAGAGCUACAAAACCUACAUCCCGCUCGAUCUGCCCCACUGGAGUGACCUUGGUGUCGAGAAAGGGUCAGAGGAGAGCUGUAUGAAGGCUGUCGGAAGGUUCUUGAAGGAGGUUGUGAAUCUGAACCCCUCGACGUUCAGGAUUUUCUCUCCUGAUGAGCUAGUCUCUAACAAAUUGGAUGCUGUCCUUGAUAAUAGCGGUCGUAACUUCCAGUGGGAUAUCGCCUCCAGGGCAAACGGAGGUCGAGUAAUCGAGAUCCUCUCGGAGCACACUUGUCAAGGUAUGCUUCAAGGCUACACACUAACCGGAAGAACGGGUCUUUUCCCGAGUUACGAAGCGUUCUUGGGGAUCGUCCACACGAUGAUGGUGCAGUACGCCAAGUUUAUCAAGAUGGCCUCCGAGACGCCAUGGAGACAAGCCGUCGGCUCAAUCAACUACCUCGAAACGUCGACAUGGACGCGUCAAGAACACAACGGGUUCUCCCAUCAGAACCCGUCGUUUAUUGGGGCCGUCCUUAACCUCAAGGCCGCCUCCGCCCGAGUCUAUCUUCCACCCGACGCGAACUGUUUCUUGUCGACUGUUUCUCAUUGUCUGAGGGCAAAGAACUAUAUCAACUUGAUGGUUGGUAGCAAGCAUCCCACACCUGUUUGGCUAUCCCCUGAAGAGGCUGUUCGUCACUGUGUUGCCGGUGCUUCUGUGUGGAAGUUCGCCAGUGUUGAUGAUGGCGUCAGCCCCGACGUCGUCCUCGUCGGUAUCGGCGUCGAAGUAACAUUUGAAGUUAUUGCCGCUGCCGCCCUUCUCCGUCAGUACACCCCAGACCUUCGCGUCCGUGUUGUGAACGUUACGGACUUAAUGAUUCUAUCCACACAAGGAUCACACCCUCAUGCCUUGUCGGACGACGCUUUCCACUCGCUGUUUACCGAGGACAAGCCUGUUCAUUUCAAUUAUCAUGGGUAUCCCAUUGAGUUGAAGGGUUUGCUAUUCGGCCGGCCCGGACUUGAUAGGGUGACAAUUCAGGGUUACAACGAGGAAGGAACGACUACAUCGCCGUUCGACAUGAUGUUGUGUAACCACACAUCCCGCUACGAUGUUGCUGUCAGUGCUAUCCAAGAAGGCGCAUUUCACAACUCCAAGGUUGCGGUGUCAGCCCACGAGACUGUGAGCUACUUGAAGCACCUUGCACAAAAGGAUAAGGAGUAUAUCCUUGCAAAUGGCCAAGAUCGUCCGGGGACGUUCGAUGUGCCGACUUUCUAAAACGCCUCGUCCCAGAUCAGUACAUAAGUAUGAUACGCAUUGUCACGGACAGUUUCUGAGUGUGGCCAGCAUUUACACCAAGCCACGGACAUUUUACAUGGGUGUGGCACGAAAUUCAAAGUGUAUAUUAUCAAUUUGUAGGAUUAUGUUUGUAUCGAGGUCUUGUUCAUAUAAAAAACUAUGAGGU